AUGGGGUGGUGGCUAAAAGGCAGAGUUUGGAUGACGAUGACCAUUAUUUCUUUUGUUCAAGCCAAAGAUCUGGUUUUCGACUGGAGAGUCACUUACGGCAAACUUUCUCCAGUUGGACCUCCUCAAACGGUAAUCCUAAUAAACGGACAAAUUCCUGGACCGGAGAUUCACUCAGUCACUAAUGACAAUUUGAUCAUCAAUGUUCACAACGAUACUGACGAGCCCUUUCUCUUGUCUUGGAAUGGAGUGCAACUAAGGAAAAAUUCUUACCAAGAUGGAGUGUAUGGAACGAGUUGUCCAAUCCCACCUGGCAAAAACUACACUUAUGCCCUCCAAGUCAAAGACCAGAUUGGUAGUUUCUUCUACUUCCCUUCCCUUGCCGUUCACAAAGCCUCCGGUGGUUUUGGUGCCAUCCGUAUCCUCAGCCGCCCUCGCAUCCCCGUCCCUUUCCCUGAACCCGCCGGAGACUUCACUUUUCUCAUUGGCGAUUGGUACUUUGAUCAUGACCACAAGAGUUUGAAGGCAAUUUUGGAUAAAGGACGCAUGGUACCUUUGCCUGAUACGGUUUUGAUCAAUGGCAAUGGAGUUACCUUCAAUACUUCUUUCACCGUGUACAAAGGUAAAACGUACAGAUUCAGAAUAUCGAACGUGGGGCUUCAACAUUCCCUAAACUUUGAAAUAUUAGGUCAUACGUUGAAGCUCGUUGAGGUCGAGGGAACACACACGGUCCAGUCCAUGUUAACCUCACUCGACAUUCACGUUGGUCAAUCUUACUCUGUCCUGGUCACCAUGGACCAGACUCCAAGAAACUAUUCCAUUGUCGUCUCCACAAGAUUUAGCAACAAACAACUUUUUGUCGGAUCCACUCUACACUACUACAACUCCAAAGGGUCUGAUUUUGUCCCUAGAAAACAACCUGCCAAUGAACUUGACUUUUCUAUCAAACAAGCACGGUCCAUUAGGACUAACUUGACUGCGUCUGGGCCAAGGCCCAACCCUCAGGGCUCGUACCAUUAUGGUCGAAUCAAGAUUUCUAGGACUUUAAUACUUGAAAACUCAGGAACCCUUGUGAAUAAUAAGCAACGUUACGCCAUAAAUGGCGUAUCGUUCGUGCCUGCGGAUACCCCAUUGAAGCUGGCGGAUUACUUUAAGAUCAAAGGCGUUUUCAAAGUGGGAAGCAUCCCUGACAAGCCGAGAAUAGGAGGGAUAAGGCUGGACACGGCAGUGAUGGGAGCACAACACAAGGAAUUUAUUGAGAUUGUAUUUCAAAAUCGGGACAAUAUCGUCCAGAGUUACCACCUUGAUGGAUACAACUUCUGGGUUGUCGGGUUGAAUAAGGGAACAUGGUCACACGCGAGCAGGCAAGAGUAUAACCUUAAGGAUGCUGUUUCUCGCUCCACUACUCAAGUCUAUCCACAAUCUUGGACAGCGGUAUAUGUGGCAUUGGACAAUGUGGGGAUGUGGAAUCUAAGGAGCGAGUUAUGGGCGAGACAAUACUUAGGUCAACAAUUCUACCUCCGAGUUUACUCUCCGAUUCAGUCUCUAAGAGAUGAAUAUCCUUUGCCCAAAAAUGCUUUGUUGUGUGGUCGAGCCUCCAACAAAAAGAAGCUCAAUACCACUCACUAG